AUGACAAAUAACUUUAAAGGCUUUGAUAAAAACUCAUCAGAUGAGGAUUCAUCUAGCUACAAUGAUUCUAGUGAAGGUGAUUUAUCAGAUAAUAACGAUGAUUCAGACCAAAAUGAAAUGAGUGAAGAUGAAACCAGUGAAAAUAAAGUGGAAGAGGAAGAUGAUGAUGAUGAUGAUGAAGACGAAGUUGUUAAAGCAAUAAAAGCUGAAAAAAACAAACUCCGAGAUCAUCCUCCAACUAUAACAUGUGAAGAUUUUAUUGUUGAUAUAUCACUUCACCCAUCGAGAAAUUUAAUAGCAAUUGCAAACAUUGUGGGAGAUGUAUUAUUAUAUGAAUAUAACAAUGAUGAGACAAAACUACUGAACACAUUGGAACUUCAUCUCAAAGCUUGUAGAGAUAUUGAAUUUGAUAAUGAGGGAACCACCUUAUAUUCAACUGCUAAAGAUAAGACCAUAAUGGCUACAGAUGUUCAAACAGAAAAACUAAAGAGAUGUUAUGAAAAUGCACAUGAUGAACCAAUAUAUAGACUUGUAAAUCUGGACAAUAAUAAAAUUGUUACUGGUGAUGAUGGAGGUACUGUCAAGUUAUGGGAUAUGAGAAAACCAGAUCCUAUAUUUAAUAUCAAAAUUGGUGAAGAACAUGUCUCUGAUAUGAUAACUAAUGAUGCACAGAAGUAUUUAGUUUGUGCAAGUGGAGAUGGUGUUCUCACUUCUAUUGACCUUAAAGGAAGUAAAAUAUUCACCACAUCAGAAGAAUAUGAUUCGGAAUUAACGUGCUUAGGACUAUUUCGAUCCGAUACUAAGUUACUUGUAGCUUCAUCAAUUGGAAAAUUAUAUUUAUUUAAUUGGAAAGAAUUUGGACUUCACAGUGAUGAGUAUAUUGGACAAAAACAUGCCAUCCAGUGCAUGGUACCUAUUACACAAAAUAUAGUAGUUACAUCAGGUGAAGAUGGCGUACUGAGAGCAGCACACAUGUUCCCACAACGUCAGCUGGGUGUAGUGGGCCAACAUAGACUUCCUGUUGAACGUCUUGACAUUAGCCAUGAUGGCCAAUAUAUUGCUUCAUGUUCACAUGACAAUGAUGUAAAAUUUUGGAAUAUAUCAUACUUUGAAUCAAUUGAUUCGAUUAUAGAUGUUAAUCAUAAACAAAACAAAAGAAGAGACCUGAGUAAUAACUUACCAUCAAGUAGUAUAAAAAAUGCUUCAGACUUUUUUUCUGGUUUAGCUUAA